AUGACGAUGAAGCAUAAAGAAGAAGUAGAUGUUUCUGAGGAAACGGUCACGCCAGUUACGACUUCACAAACUCUGGAGGAACAAGAAGAUAUUUCUACAUGGCAGAUGGUGAAGAGGCAUAGAGUGGCGGUUUUGUGGUCUGGAUUUUUCGCACUGGCUGCCAUCAAUUGGGGUGUGGACAUACAGAUAUCCAAUGGCUCGAUAUCUAUAAAUUCCUUCCAGCGUGAUUUUGGAUACCAAUACAAAGGCGAAUACAUAAUAAGCUUCAAAUGGCAAACAGGGUUCAACUCGGCUUCAUAUAUUGGACAAUUGUUUGGUGCUAUUGCGACAGGAUACCUUGCGGAUAAGUUUGGGAAAAGGUUGACAAUGGCGGUUGGAUGUUUAUUUAGCAUUUGUGGAGCAUUCUUGCAAGUAUUUGCUUCAUCGCCUGCGAUGUUACUUGUAGGCAAGCUCAUCAAUGGUCUUGCCUUGGGUGCAUUCCUUACCACUCCAUCGAGUUAUGCUGCUGAAAUAUGCCCUGCCAAGAUACGAGGCUUAACCACUUCUGGGGUUCAACUACUUAUUUCCGUCGGUCAACUUACAGGUAACCUUGUGCUUAAAGGCACAGGAACAUUAUCCUCGUCAGCAGCUUACAAAAUUCCUUUUGCUCUCCAAUUCAUCUUUCCCGCAAUCAUCAUUCUGGGUCUCUCUUUCGCACCCGAAUCGCCUUGGUAUCUCCUUCGUCAUUCCCAUAUGGAUUCCACGAUCUCGACCCUCGCUCGUCUAGGUUACCCAUCUCCACUUACAACCAUAGAAGAAAUGACAACAAGCAUUUCCACGGAAAGAAAGAAUUCCUCCGAAACCAGUUAUCUCGAUUGUUUCCGUGGCUCCAACCUUCGUCGUACAGAAAUUUCCAUGGGUAUCUUCGCUGUUGCUCAACUUGCCGGUGUCGUCUUCUCAAUCGGAUACUCGAGUUAUUUCUUUGAACUUGCUGGCAUGUCUAAUUCAAACGCAUUCACUUUAUCGGUUGGUGUUACAAUUUUAGGACUCUUGGGAGUUAUUUGUUCAUGGUUUCUUAUCAACAGAUGUGGACGUCGUUCUACAUCUCUCGUUGGAACGGCAAUCUUGACACUUUUGCUCUUGGUCAUUGGUAUAUUGGAUGUUCUACCAAAUUACUCCAGCAAGGGACCUGCUUUUGGCCAAGUAGCUUGUGUCAUCAUUUUCUCGUUCAUUUAUCUCUCGACUAUCGGACCAAUGGGCUGGGCACUUUUUGCUGAAGUCCCUUCUUCAUCGCUACGUUCGAGGACCGUAGGACUUGGUAUAGUGGUACAGAGUCUCUUUGGAAUUCUAAUGAAUAUUGUCAUUCCACUAUUGAUAAAUCCCGAUUCAGCAAACCUAAGAGGAAAGAUUGGAUUUAUUUUUGCUGGAACAUCAACUUUCGGGACUUUAUGGGUCUGGUUGAGAGUACCAGAAACGAAUGGGAGGACUUUUGAUGAAUUGGAUUGGUUGUUUGAGCAGAGGAUACCGGCGCGAAAGUUUAAGGGUUACAAUGUUCCUCUGUGA